CUUAACUGUGUGCUUAAUGAAUGGUGAUUAGCAUAACCAUGGUUGGGUUUCCACAGCUAUAAAUACCCUUCUCUCCCUCGCUUUUCGGACUACAGGUGCGAUUAAGCAAAGGAAAACGGAAGACUUUCUGCGACUCGCCUCUUCUGCUCUCUGCUCGACUAUCUUAGCGUCUUCUGGGGCAGCUCAAGACAAAAUUAGACCAGAUUUUUAUCUUCUCCUUGGUAUCGGUUACCAUGACUCCUUCACCAGUCACCUCUCUGGCUAUGCCUAUGCUUGAUUUAUUUUCGUCUGACGAGGAGACAUUUUUAGCAUUAAAGAGAAUAUUGAGGGGGGGCCCUUUACCAGCAAAUGUUUUAGAUAUAAAUCCUUACCAGUGUAGACCUGAAAUGUUACCAGAUGGAGUUUGGUUUUACGCUGAGUUCCAUGGGAAUGCCGACUCAAGUUUUAGUCCCUGGAAGCCGAAGGGAGGAGCUUUUAAGCUGUAUUCAGAUUCUUCUUUCAGCGGCUGGAGAACAACAUAUGAAUAUUACGAAGGCCAAGCACCUCAGGAGUGUAAAACAGCCUGGGUUAUGCAAGAGUACUGGAUGAGUCAGACAGAUCUGAGUGCAAAUAGCAAGCAAAAGGAAACCAGCUCACUUUGCAAAAUCUUUCUUGGAGAUGAACAAUUUCAAAACCAUGAAAAGACUCUGAAAAUUGAAUUAUCUAAUACUCUCAAUUCAGAACCCAACAACUUAAAUCAUCAGUUGGUUGUUUCAGAUGGUUCAACUUCAAACAACAUGGCAAAUGGGUCCACAAGCAAGUCUGAGAUGAGUGAAGAUGACAAGAUGGUAGAAUUGGCAGUUGCAGGAAAACCUGUGGAUCUUCAUUUAGAAGAGAUGCGUCCUGAGUGGGAUGUAAUUUCUGAAGGCGACUACUUGGAGUUGCAGGAUUUACUAAAUGUCCCUUCAUCUUCAUCAUCGAGUUCUGAAAAUUCUAGUUGCUUGACCAUGUCAUCGGAUGAAGACUUUGAUGUGAUGGAUGUACUGUGUGAUGCAGAACAUGACAUUAACCAUGACAGGGCACAAAGACAUGCUGCCUGCAUCCGUUCUUCUGUGCCCUCCAGAAUAAAGAAGGAGGUGGCGCACCAAGGGGCUUCAGAAUCUCUCGUGAGCAUCAGAAGAAGCCACUCGCCAACAACAGAGAAUCUCAAAACCGAUUCUACAGCAUCCAUUUCAGGGCGCGUAGAACCAGAGUUGAAACUUGCAAGCCAAAGUGAGAAAAAGUGCUACAAAUUGCAAGGAGCAUCAAGUUCUCACAACAAUAAGAUGGUCUCAAAUGGUCAAGAAACAGCUGUGGAUGGAGGUAAGAAGAAAAAGAAGAAGGCAGUUGGGAGAAUGAAGAAGAUUCAGAACAAGUAUCUUUGCUUCUUUCCAUUUUAGAUCUCUUCUCAAUCAUCCUUACACUUAGCAUUAUCUCACACGUUUGGUAUUAGCACAGGGCAGUUAAAAGUAAGUUAAUAAUGGCAAUAGAGUAACGAUGGCUUUGAGCAGACUACUACUUAGAUUAAAAUUAUCCUGUUUGAUUAAGUUUGUUGGUUUUUGCAUGUAUAGUGUAAAGUUAGAACAGGGGCUUCUAGAGAUGAGGUGUCUUGUAGUUGAUAUGACUUCUUUCUUAGAAGACAUAACCCUUUUUUUUCUUUUUUCUUUUUUUUUUUGUUGAAGUGUUUGACUUGACUUCAUUUAUUCACUUACUGAAGUCAGUGUAAUUGUAGAGAGGCUAUUCACUUUUGAGUACCCAACCCACCAUUGUAUUGAAUUCAUGGGUUUUUCUUUAAUAUAAUUUCUUUUCCCUUUGUAA